GGUCGUUAAAUUCUGGUCACGUCAUUAGUGUUGGUUUAUUACGACAAUAUGCUACUGCAAAAACUUCCACAAGAACAAAAGCUCCUAAGUCUACAACUGGUAAACCACGAACAACUAAGCAAAAAAGUAGUGCAACAAAAAAAACUACUACUAAACCCCGAACCAAGACUAAAACUGUUAAACCUAUAGAUGACGGGCCUGUUCCUGAAGGUCCUAAAAGUCCUGGUACCCCGUACACCAUAUUUUUCACUGAUUUCUAUAAACAAUUCAAGCCUGAGAAUGCUACUUUAAAAGUUACGGAAAUUGGCAGAAUAGCUGGUGAAAAAUGGAGAUCUUUAUCUAAUGAUGAAAAAGAAGCGUAUUGGGAAAAAUAUAGAAAUGCUAAAUCUAAAUAUGAAGAUGAUUUUAAAGCCUGGAAAGAAUCUUUGACUUCAAAAGAUAUUGUUAGAGUAAAUGAACGUCGCAAAUUGGGGAAAUUGAAGGGUAAACAUGUAAGGCUUUUGAAAGAUUCUAGAAAACCAAAGCGUCCAAGAACUGCUUUUAUACAAUUUGUUUCGGCAAAUAAAAAUUUUGAUGAAUCUAAGACAUUUAUCGAACAAACUCAUGAGUUGGUUGAGAGAUGGAAAUCAAUGAGUCCUGAAGAAAAGAAG